AUGGUGACUGAACGUCGGCCUUUCUAUCCUUGUAGUCACGAUGGCAGCUGCAAAGAUGCGCUCUGCCGUUGCUUCAGAGAGCGUAUUCCAUGUGAGAAGAUCUGUGCAUGCCCCAAAUCGUGCAAACGACGUUACCGUGGAUGCAGUUGCGCGAAAGACCCCAGAAACCCUGUAUGCUGGCGCGGGCAAGAUAAGACUAGAUCCAAAUGCGAGUGUCGGAGAUUGAAUCGUGAAUGCGAUGCAGACCUCUGUGGCUCCUGUGGCGCAGAUGAAAUUCUGGAUCCUCACAAUCGAUACAACCAAGAAAUAGGAAAGGACAAAUGCUCCAAUGUCGCCAUCCAGAGAAAUGUACCCAGGAAAACAUUCCUGGGCCAGUCCGAAGUGCAUGGGUUCGGACUAUAUGUUGGAGAGAAAGUCAAAAACCUUGAGUACCUAGGGGAAUACAAAGGAGAGGUGCUAUCAGAGUCGGAAGGAAGGCGGAGGAACGCCAUUUACCAGUACCUGAAGACGAACUAUAUAUUUACGCUAAACAGCGUACAUGAAAUAGAUUCCACAAGGGCAGGCAAUAAGUUUCGCUUUAUCAACAACUCCAGCAACGACGAUACAAUCAACUGCUUCCCGGAAGUCUUACUCUGCAAUGGAGUCACACGAAUUGGGAUGUUCGCCGGGAAGAAUCUUAACCCUGGUGAUGAGCUCUUCUUCAACUAC